CUGCAGGAAAAUCAACAUUUGUGGACAUUCUCAAACAAGCUGAUGAAGAAUGGGAAGUUGUUCCUGAGCCUGUAGCGAGAUGGUGCAAUGUUCAGCCCAACUCUGAAGAGGAUUGUGAGGAGCCGACCACAUCACAGAAGAGUGGCGGAAAUGUGCUUCGGAUGAUGUAUGAGAAGCCAGAGAGGUGGUCUUUCACUUUCCAGACGUACGCGUGCCUGAGCAGGAUCCGGGCUCAGCUCAGGUCCCUCGAUGGCAAGGUUAGGGAGGCAGAGAAUCCUGCCGUCUUCUUCGAGCGAUCUGUCUACAGUGACAGGUACAUCUUUGCAGCUAAUUUAUACGAGUCUGACUGCAUGAAUGAGACUGAAUGGACUAUUUACCAAGACUGGCACGACUGGAUGAACCAGCAGUUUGGUCAGAGGCUGGCACUGGAUGGCAUCAUUUAUCUCAGAGCCACUCCCGAGAAAUGCUUAAAUAGGAUUUACUUGCGUGGAAGAGAUGAAGAGCAAGAAAUUCGCAUAGAAUAUCUGGAGAAGCUUCACCACAAACAUGAAAGUUGGCUUCAGCAUAGGACACUGCGAACAGAUUUUGAAUAUCUCCAGGAAAUACCUAUUUUAAUGCUAGAUGUUAACAAAGACUUCAAAAGCAAAAAGGACAUAUAUGAUCACAUGACUGAAAAGGUCAAAGAAUUUUUGAGUGUGUUAUAA